UUGUUAUGGUGUUUGGAGAAAAUUAGCGUGAGCUAUGAACAUUUUGCAGUUAUUAUUGGCGAGUGUGUUGUCUCAAUGUAAAAUAUUACGCGAACACGCUACGUGACAGCUGACAGCAGUAUGCAUGAGGCGACGACCGGUGGUCAGGUAUUAUUUACGGGGGGUUUUUUUGUUGUGUUUUGUUGUAGUUAGCUAGCUAGCGGGCUAACUUUAGUGAACCAAAGAGCUUCAGUGCUGGUUCCUCCCUGACUCAACUUUGUCAGCUAUUGGCACACACGUUUGAUGCGGUCAGAUCACACACACAAAUAGAUAUUUCAGUGAAUUCACACUAGGUUAUCAUUUUGUUUAUCGCGUUUAAAGCUAGAAACUAAAGCUGAAUUUGAGCCGCCCGUCUGACUGAGGACAAACAAAACUGACAGAUUUGGGGUAGCUCCUUGGCAAAAAAAAAAAAAUCUCGCUAGCUUGAAGUUGGGCAUCAUGGCAGAAGACAUACGACAGAACAAGAUAGCCAACUUCUCUGGUUUGGCAGAAAACAGCAAUGGAGUAACAAAAACCCCAGCCGCAAUGGCUUCCAAAACCGGUGCUUCAAAGAAAUUGGUCAUUAAGAACUUCAAAGACAGACCCAAGAUGACAGAAACCUACACUGAAGACACAUGGCUGAAGUUGCGGGAUGCCGUUGGUGCCAUUCAGAAUAGCACAUCAAUCAAGUACAACUUGGAGGAGCUGUAUCAGGCAGUGGAGAAUCUUUGCUCUUACAAGGUUUCACCCAUGUUAUACAAACAACUCCGUCAAGUGUGUGAAGAUCAUGUCCGAGCUCAAAUUCAGCAGUUUAAAGAAGACUCACUGGACAAUCUAUCUUUCUUGAAGAGGAUGAACAGGUGCUGGCAGGACCACUGCAGACAAACAAUCAUGAUUCGUAGCAUUUUCCUUUUUCUGGAUCGCACAUACGUACUCCAGAACUCCCUACUGCCCUCCAUCUGGGACACAGGGCUGGAGCUGUUCCGGACACACAUUGUGAGCGAUGGUGUGGUGCAGAAUCGUACAGUGGAAGGGAUUCUUGAGCAAAUCGAGCAAGAGCGCAAUGGUGAGACUGUGGACCGGAGCCUCCUGCGCAGCCUGCUGGGCAUGCUCUCAGACCUGCAGGUGUACAAGGAGUCAUUUGAACAAAGGUUUCUAAUGGAGACCAAUUGCCUGUAUGCUGCAGAAGGACAAAGACUGAUGUUGGAGAGGGACGUGAGUGUCCCUGAAUACCUGCAUCAUGUAGCACGACGGCUGGAGGAGGAGAAUGAUCGCGUCAUUAGUUACCUAGAUCAGAGCACUCAGAAGCCGCUGAUCUCUGCAAUAGAGAAGCAACUUUUGGGUGAACACAUGACUGCCAUAUUACAGAAAGGCCUUAGCACUCUGUUGGAUGAGAAUCGCGUGACAGAGUUGACUCUGCUGUACCAGCUCUUUAGUAAGGUGAAGGGAGGGCUGCCUGUACUACUGCAGUUCUGGAGAGAUUACAUCAAGGUAGAGAGCUUCGGCGGCGAGGUGGUGGGUUCUCCAGAGAAGGACAAAGACAUGGUACAGGAGCUGCUGGACUUCAAGGACAAGAUGGACCAUGUGGCACAGCGCUGCUUCCAGCGCAACGAGACCUUCAUCAAUGCCAUGAAGGAGGCCUUCGAGAGCUUCAUCAACAAGAGGCCUAACAAGCCAGCCGAGCUCAUUGCCAAAUAUGUGGACUCCAAACUGCGAGCUGGAAACAAAGAAGCUACAGAGGAGGAACUAGAGAGAAUCCUUGACAAGAUAAUGAUCAUUUUCCGUUUUAUCCACGGCAAGGACGUGUUUGAAGCCUUCUACAAGAAGGACCUAGCAAAGCGCCUGCUGGUGGGCAAGAGUGCCUCUGUGGAUGCAGAGAAGUCCAUGCUGUCCAAACUCAAGCACGAGUGUGGUGCGGCCUUCACCAGCAAGCUCGAAGGCAUGUUCAAAGACAUGGAGCUCUCUAAAGACAUCAUGAUCCAGUUCAAACAGUAUAUGCAGAACCAGAGUGAACCCAGCAACAUAGAGCUCACUGUCAACAUCCUCACCAUGGGCUACUGGCCCACCUAUACGCCUAUGGAAGUCCACCUGCCCACAGAGAUGGUGAAGCUCCAGGAGGUGUUCAAGAUGUUCUAUCUGGGGAAGCACAGUGGACGGAAGCUCCAGUGGCAGCCCACACUGGGUCACGCGGUCCUCAAGGCUGAGUUUAAGGAGGGUAAAAAGGAGCUGCAGGUGUCCUUAUUCCAGACUCUUGUCUUGCUCAUGUUCAACGAAGGGGAGGAGUUUACAGUAGAAGAGAUCCACACAGCUACUGGGAUAGAGGAUGGUGAGCUGCGACGUACUUUGCAAUCCCUGGCCUGUGGGAAAGCACGCGUACUGAAUAAGAAUCCCCGAGGGAAAGACGUGGAGGACGGAGACCGCUUCAACUUCAACAAUGACUUCAAACACAAACUGUUCCGUAUCAAAAUCAACCAGAUUCAGAUGAAGGAGACGGUGGAGGAACAGGUGAGCACCACAGAGCGAGUGUUCCAGGACAGGCAGUACCAGAUUGAUGCUGCGGUGGUAAGGAUCAUGAAGAUGAGGAAGACCCUCAGCCACAACCUGCUGGUGUCAGAACUCUACAACCAGCUCAAGUUCCCAGUCAAGCCAGGAGACCUGAAGAAGCGCAUCGAGUCCCUCAUCGACCGCGACUACAUGGAGCGAGACAAAGAGAGCCCCAAUCAGUACCACUACGUGGCCUGAGCUCCGCCCCCUACCGUCCAGCUGCGUGCUGGCCAACCCCUUGGACAUGCUGUUCAGCUGGGCCAUGAGUCCCUGCUUUACCUCCUCUCCCCACCGCACACAACAGGGCUUCUCCUCCUGAUGGGCCCCGGAACUGCCUAGAACCCACUUUUCAGUUAACCCCCAUGCCCUGUUUGAGUGAACUGGGCUGGUGUUGGGGAAGUACUGAAUUUUGGAGCGCUCGGGUUAAGGGGCGACUCUUGGAGGACUGAGAGAGGCGAGUGCUGAGCUGAUGAUUCCCACAAAUAAGCACUUUUUCUUCUUCCGCCUCACUUUUUUUUUUUUUUUUUUUUUGAGUUUUGGUUGCGAUUCGUGUGUGAUCAGUCUGUUCUAUGCUAGAUGUUUUAUGUUGAGUAGCUCUCUAUUUCUCUCAUUCUCUUUCUUUAAACUCAUAGUUGAGUUGUUGGUUCUGACUGCGCAUCUGUCAUUUUGCUACUAGAAAACAGGACAGUGUUACUUCAGUUGUGCAGAUUCUUUUACUAAUGGCAGCAGGUCCUGUUAGCUUCAGGGUUUCAAUUCUCUCUCAGGCUAUGGAAAUCUGUGGAAAAUAAGCAUUUUACACACUAACACACAAGCAUACGCUGAGAAGUGUGACUCUACAAGAUGACAUUCUCUAGGUUUCACCAAAUGAAAUGAUAAAAGAAAAAAGUGACAAAAAGGUGUGCGAUUCUUUGUUACGGCUCAACAAGGCACCUUUCUGUGUGUGUUUCUGUUACGGAUGUGUGUGUGUGUAUCUGCGUGUUAGGUUUGUUUUCUUCUAAUUCACCACUAAAUAUGCUGACCGACAUCUCUGGAUCAUCAGAUUUUGUAGGCCAGGGUAUUAUAUUAUUUGUAUGUGCAAAAACAUAUCAAACUAUUAAAUCAUUUAAUUAGAAUAUCCUGACUCUAGGUGUGACAAAGUAGAGCAUCUGUGUGAGUGUGUGGGGAUCUAUUAGGAAGCAUAUUGCACAAAAAAUAUAUAUCAAUUUUCUUUCUGACUUUCAGAAUUUACCAAUAGUCUGGCAGUUAUUCAAAGUUUGCAGGGUGUGAAGGCAAAAACUAGGAUGUAAUGCAUUAUGGAGGUUUGCUUGGUUUGUUUAAUCAGAGCAUUACUUUCUACAUAGCUAUGUGAAACACUCACAAACAGGGAGGGCUAAUAUUUUAUUCAAAGCUUGCUGUUUUCCUUCUCCCAGUGAAAACAUGCCCAAAUGUGUCCUCAGGACUCCCAGCACCAAGUGGCACAUACCACAACUGGGACUCAAAUCUGGAUCCCAACUGUGGGGUGCACCUUAGCUGUGCUAAGCAGUGGUUUUGACAUCUGCAUGCUGUACACAGUACUAUUAUAAUUCAUAUUACAAUAGUACUGUGUUCUUAGUAGACCGGGCUUCUAUUCUGGUCAGACUAAUUUAAUUUCCUAUCCUGGAUUAGGGAGCAAUUGCUUAAAUAAACAUACCAAGGGAAGGACCACAGCAAAAUGAACAAAGGCCUGUAGGUGUCUCAUAUAGUUGUGAAAUGGUUUUCUAAAGUUUUUAUGAUUUAACACUUGCAGAUCAAUUGCAAAAACGGAUCCUGGUAUGGCAGACUAACCACUUAUCUCUAAACACGUGCCAAGAUUAAAAAUAUUUAAGCAA